CCAGAAUAAAGAAGAUCAUGCAGACCGACGAAGAGAUCGGGAAGGUCGCUGCUGCUGUUCCUGUGAUCAUCUCUCGAGCCCUGGAGCUGUUCCUGGAUUCCUUACUGACCAAGGCCUGCCAUGUGACUCAAUCACGAAAUGCCAAGACUAUGACCACGUCUCACCUAAAACAGUGCAUCGAGCUCGAACAGCAGUUUGAUUUCUUGAAGGACCUUGUAGCCUCAGUGCCGGAUAUGCAGGGUGAUAAUGAGGACAACCACAUGGAAGGAGACAAGGCCCCUCGGAGGGGGAGGAAGCCGGGGUCCGGACGGAGGAACACGAAUGGAGGAGCGGGGCCAGGGCCCAAGGCCAAGGACAGGAAGCAGUCCAGCACAGAAUCGGAGCAGGAGGACGAAUCAGAGGACAGUGAGACAGACGAAGAGGAGGCAUCCCGGUCCAGCAUGGACAAGCCCGGGCGCCAGAUCCAGAGCCCUCAGUCGGUCUUCAGCAGCCCACUGUCAACUGUGUCAAUGCCAACGUGCUCCCCGGUGCUGAGCAACCUGCCGAUGCCCGCAGCCACCCCAUUGUGUCAAGAUGGUGGAGAGGAUGAUGACUACGACUCCUAGCUUUUUGAGUUUCGCUCCUGGCUGGUGGUAGAGCGGGGAGGAGGAUAAAAAUGGGGGUUUUAUUCCGUUUGUGUGCGCGUGUGUUUGUAUAUGUGCGUGUGUGUGUGCGCGUGUGCUGUUUUCUUCUCAAGAUUUAUUUUUUCAUAUCUAGGGCAGAGUAUUGUGGGGGGAGGGAGGGGGCUGGUUUGCUCUGGGGACGGUCAUCCAGGAAUCUUGUUUCCCCUUCUCUCGCAUCGUUUUAUUUACUGCACCCGCGUUGCAGUUCUUAAACCAUUUUAUCCCCUCGCUUUGUGUCUCAUGUGCAUGGAAAAUCUGCGCCCCCCCCCCCCCCCCCCCCCCCAAAAAAAAUGUCCAACACAGCCAUCCGCGAUCCCUCCCUCCCAAAAAAAAAGUUGGCAGGAUCAGGCGAGCGAGAGAGAGAGAAGGUGGAAAGAGCUGGAUGAGAUUUUUGGCAUUAUUUUUAAUUUUUAAUUUUAGUAAAAUGCAAAAUAAAAUUGGGGAGAGAAAAAGACUUUUCUUUUCUUAAAAAAAGGGACGUUCCAUCCUCUAACUUGACCAGAAUUUUCGGGUUUCUCAUCAGCAGCAGUAACAUUGCCUGUGCUGAGUAGAAGAAUUGUGAUGUUUGUUGAAAUCUGUGCAAAUACUAAUCUGCAGUUGUUCCAUCUGUUCCCUUGUUUUCUGUUGUCGCUCCCCACUGCUGUUGCUGUUAACAAGGCGAAUUGGUAUCGUGAAACGGAGGUGGGGUGCGCGGGCGCGUGCUCACGUGUUGGUGGCGGAAAUUCGCUCUGAAUAAAGGCAUUUUUAAGGGACGUUGAGGUCUCUCUGGCUUCCUGGCCAUUCCUGCAUCGGGUCCUGCUUGAGAAUUGCUGGGCAAAGGCACCUUUUGCUUGAUCUUUGCACUCGCUUGGUGAGAGUGGAUUUUGGGUGCCACAGUGGAUGCACCAGAUGAAUGAUGACCGACAGUUAACUGCUGAGCUUUCAGACCAAAAGACGCAGGAGCAGAAGUAGACCAUUCAGCCCAUCGCGCCUGCUCCGUCGUUGAAAGAGAUCAUGGUGGAUCUGGUAAUUUUCAAGACCGUUUUCCUGUUACACUUGAUUUCCAUGCUGAUUAAAAAGGUCUAUCUCAAACUUUCAACAUUAAUGUACCAGCCUUGACAGCUGUCUGCAGUAAAGAAUUCCACACAUUUGCUAUCCUCUGAGAGAAGAAAUUCCAGCUCAUCUGUUGUUGUACAGAUGUAGUCAUACAGCUCAGAAACAGACCCUUCCGUAAAACUUGUCCAGGCCGACCAGAUAUCCUGAACUAAUUAGUUCCAUUUACCAGCAUAUCCCUCUAAACCCUUCCUAUCCAUGUACCCGUUUAAAUGCUGUAACUGUACCAGUCUCCACCACUUCCUCUGGCAACUCCUUCCAUACACGUACCAGCCUCCGUGUGAAAAAGUUGCCCGUCAGGUCCCUUUUAAAUCUUUCCCCUCUCACCUCAAACCUAUGCCCCUCUAGUUUUGGACUCCCUCACCCUGGGGGAAAGACCUUAGCUAUUCACCCCCUGCAUGUCCUCAUGAUUUUAUAAACCUCAGCCUCCGAUGCUCCAGGGAAAGACGCUCCAGCCUAUUCAGCUUCUUCCUAUAGGUCGAACCCUCUGACCCGGGCAACAUCCUUGUAGAUCUUCUCUGCACCCUUGUUAAGUUUCACAAUCCUGUAACAGGGAGACCAGAAUUGAACGUAAUGUUCCAAAAGUGGCCCUAACCAAUGUUAUGCACAGCCGUGACAAUAACAUCCCAACUUGUGUACACAAUACACUGAGCAAUAAACGCUGCCGUUGCUACUCUGUUUACCUGCAACUCUGCUUUCAAGGAACUACGAACCUACGUUCCAAGGUCACUUUGUUCAGCAACUGCCCCCCCCCCCCCACCAAACCAUAAAGCAUGCAAAUCCAGCCCUUGCAGCAUGUGUGAGUUCCUGAUUUAUGUCCACUAGGAAAUGGUUUUGCUACAGCUGAGUAAGAUAGGAUGAUACAGGUUCAGCUGCACAGCACCUAUUCACCCCAGGCACAACGUGGAUCCCAUGGCCGUGAUUAAACGAGACAGGGAGUUCACCCCGUCAGUGUAGUAUCACACAGCCAGAAAGAAGGAAACUUAUGGAGACAGACCUCUGGCAGCAACCAGUCUGUGCCAGCCAUAAUCCCAAACUAAACAAGUCCACCUGCCUGCUCCCGGCCCAUGUCCCUGCCAGCCUUUCCUCCUCACCUGUGGAACAUCCUAUAGUUGAACAAAAAAAAACGAGGCUUUAGUGAAAUGAGCUGUUUUGGCCUGAUGUGACUGUGGUGUGCACUUACACAAGAGAGAUGCUCGGAAUGUGCCCGUUCUGCGGACAGUAUUCUGAGGGGUGGCAGUGUUGAUUUGAAGCACAGCCUGAAGAUGGUGGCAGGGAACAAUCUCAGACCCAGGACUGGCGCUCGGUAUCACCAUCUCCGUGCUCCUCCUCCUGAGCCUUGCUGGUUAGCGCCAUUCCCUUGCAGCUUCAAGUCAGUGGGUGUCAUCUCCAGGAAGCAGCCCAGUUUAUGGCCAGUGAGUUUACCUGACGGAAUAACGCUGUCAAUUUGACCAAAUCCCUGGUUCUGUAGGUGAGGGCUUGGCCAUACCCAGUCAGGCUGCCUCUAUUGUUCUAGCAUUUCUAAAAAAAACAUGGCAAGUUGUUUAUCUUCACGUAGACUACUCGGAACCUGUCCCUCAAUCUCUCUGUAAAAGAAACCAGGACAAAACAUGUCACUCCCAUUAAGAAAAGAACCAUCGAUUUACAAAGAUCGUUUCAUUUUUAAAAACAUUAGUACAGUACAAUACGCAUAUACAUUACAUUGACUCUCAACAUGUAAACAUUCACUACUACAGUCGCCUUCCAUCUGUUUACUUCUACCACUGAACGUCUCAAUCUGUCUUCAUGAAAGACAAAACAGUGCAUCGGCAAUUGCAUUCUCUUAUCCUGCUGCGUGUAUAAUUUAACGAUUGAAUGAUUUCAAUAAUAAACUCCAUCUGAACAGUCUAGAA